GGUAUCGAUAACUUUAACCCAUCCCUUCCCUACAGCUGAAGUCGGCAAUUCCACGUCACUGCGGAGGAAAUCCGCCGAAAUUUAGUGCAAUUCGGCUUUGAAAUUCUCCAAAAUGCCGCUGCGGCUGGAGAUCAAGAGAAAAUUGACCGCACGGUCUGACCGGGUCAAGUGCGUGGACCUGCACCCUCAGGAACCGUGGCUGCUGGCCUCGCUGUACAAUGGACACGUCCACGUCUGGAAUCACGAGUCGCAGCAAAUGGUCAAGACCGUUGAAGUGUGCGAUUUGCCAGUACGAGCCGCAAAAUUCGUGGCCCGCAAGAACUGGAUCGUCACCGGCUCUGAUGACAUGGCCCUCCGGGUGUUCAACUACAACACCUUGGAAAAGGUGCAGGAAGUCGAAGCCCACUCGGACUACGUCAGGUGCAUUGCUGUCCAUCCCACACAGCCUUAUUUACUCACCAGCAGCGAUGACAUGCUCAUAAAAUUGUGGCACUGGGACAGGUGGGCUUGCCAGCAGGUUUUCGAAGGCCACACUCACUAUGUGAUGCAGGUUGUCUUCAAUCCGAAGGACAACAACACUUUCGCCUCUGCUUCUUUGGAUAGAACAGUCAAAGUUUGGCAGCUUGGGUCAUCUGCACCCAAUUUUACUUUGGAAGGGCACGACAAAGGCGUCAACUGCAUUGAUUUCUGUCAUGCUGGUGACAAACCUUAUCUCGUCUCUGGUGCUGAUGACAGACUGGCCAAAGUGUGGGACUACCAGAACAAAACUUGCGUGCAAACCCUUGAGGGCCAUGCCCAGAACAUUUCAGCAGUAUGCUUCCACCCUGAGUUGCCAGUUUUGUUGACGGGAUCUGAAGAUGGAACCGUAAGAGUGUGGCACGCAGCCACCUACAGAUUGGAAACCUCGCUUAAUUAUGGCUUGGAGAGGGUUUGGACCAUUUCUUGCUUGAGAGGGUCAAAUGAUGUAGCCCUCGGCUAUGACGAAGGCUCAGUCCUGCUCAAGGUUGGCCGUGAAGAGCCAGCAGUGUCGAUGGAUGCCAGUGGAAAGAUUGUUUGGGCCCGCCACUCAGAAAUCCAGCAGGCCAUUGUGAAGGCCUCUGCUGAGGGGUCCGCAGAUGGUGAGAGACUAGCUCUUGCAGCCAAAGACAUGGGCGCUUGUGAAAUUUACCCCCAGUCCAUUGCUCACAAUCCUAAUGGCCGUUUUGUGGUCGUCUGUGGUGAUGGGGAAUACAUUAUUUACACAGCAAUGGCCCUAAGGAACAAGGCCUUUGGCUCUGCACAGGAGUUUGUCUGGGCGCACGACUCAAGCGAAUAUGCUAUUAGGGAGGGAGUUUCUUCAGUGAAAGUUUUCAAGAACUUCAAAGAGCGAAAGUCGUUCAAGCCAGAAGGAGGCGCCGAGGGAAUUUUCGGUGGUUUCAUGCUUGGCGUACGAUCCACAUCCAGUUUGUCCCUUUACGACUGGGAGUCGCUGACCUUGGUGCGUCGAAUCGAAAUCCAGCCUCGCCAUGUUUUCUGGUCAGAGACUGGUGAACUGCUCUGCUUAGCCACUGAGGACAGCUAUUUCAUUCUCAAAUAUAAUGCUGAUGCCGUGGUCAACAGCACUGAGCGGAAUGAGGAUGGUAUUGAAGAGGCUUUUGAAGUUGUCGGAGAAGUUUCAGAAGCUGUGAAGACAGGCCUUUGGGUUGGCGAUUGCUUCAUCUACACAAAUGGAGUCAACAGGGUCAACUACUAUGUCGGAGGGGAAAUUGUGACUGUUGCCCAUUUAGACAGACCAGCCUACCUCCUCGGCUACUUGCCGAAGGACAACAGACUUUACCUGGCAGACAAGGAACUCAAUGUCCUCAGUUACUCCCUUUUGUUAUCCGUACUCGAAUAUCAAACUGCUGUGAUGCGAAGGGAUCUGGAAACUGCUGAUCGUGUUUUGCCGACAGUGCCCAAGGAGCAGAGGACUCGAGUAGCGCACUUCCUUGAAAAGCAGGGUUACAAAAAGCAAGCCCUUGCCGUGUCAACCGAUCCAGAACAUCGUUUUGAUCUGGCCCUUCAACUCUCAGAUUUAACCACAGCCCUGAAUUUGGCAAGAGAGUCCCAAAGUCAGCACAAGUGGCGUCAGUUGGCCGAUGCGGCUCUUGCUGCAGGAAUGAUUCCUCUGGCUAAUGAGUGUCUAGAGGAGGCUAAGGAUUUCGGAGGACUAUUACUUUUGGCUUCAUCUUCUGGUGACAUCAAGCAGUUGGACCGACUUGCAAAAAUGGCCGCAGAAGCUGAAAAGCACAAUAUUGCCUUCAACUGCAACUUCCUCCUAGGCCGCUUGGACACAUGUCUUGACAUUCUAAUCAGCACUGAGCGUUUACCAGAAGCUGCAUUUUUUGCCCGAACUUAUCUUCCGAGUCAAGUCUCGCAAGUUGUCAAACUGUGGAAGGAAGCCUUGUCAAAGGUCAGCGAAAAAGCUGGUCAAGCUUUGGCUGAUCCACAAGAAUAUGAAAAUUUGUUUCCUGGCAUGGCCGAGGCUUUGAAAACUGAGCAAUUCCUCAAGCAGCAGAAAGCUUCUCCUGCAGCAUUGUAUCCAGAGUUAAAGCCCAAUACUGAGAGGUCAGCUGUAGAUGAAAUGAGGGCUGCCGAGGCUUCAGGCCAAUUCCAUUAUUCCGCACCACUGCCCAAAGUUGACGAUGAAGACGACGAAGAUGCCGAAGAAGGUUUUGCAGAUGCUACUGAAAAUCUAGCAAAACUGACCAUCAGCACACCAGUUGCUACCCCGGCACCUCCUCCACCCAUUCUCCAGCCAACCCCAGCACCACCACCGGUGCAGGCUCCUGUCCAGGUUCAGCGACCCAUCGUUGAACCUGACCCUAUCGACGAUGAUUUUGGUGACGGGGAACUAGACUUGAAUGACCCUGAAGUCAGGAAAUUGAUGGAGGAAGACUUCGAUGAUGAAGAUGAAGAUGACCUUUUGAACUAGGUUUUUUUGUAUUUCUUGUUAUGAAACUAAUGAUAAAAGUUAAAAAUUCCGAGCAACUGUCUGUAUGGUAAAAAUAUUGUGUAAAAAUAAAAGUAUUGAUUUUAUUGUUCCAGUCUUGAAAAAA